AUGGCUAAUACCGCAAACACGCAGUCUUCCGAACGGACGCCCCUGAUUAACGACCGCCGCGAAGGCGACGACAGCGACGACUCCUCCCGGACGCCCCCAGGCCCUUCGCGCCUCCGCGAAAUCGUCCUCUUCGCCUGGGCCCUCCUCGCCACGGCAGCGCUCAUCGUCCUCGCAGUAUGGACCCAGCACCGGAGCUCGACAAAGUUCCCCAGGCCCACUGAGGGCAAGCGCAACCUCAUCUUCAUGGUCUCGGACGGCAUGGGCCCGGCCUCGCUCUCUCUGACGCGCAGCUUCCGCCAGCACGUCGAGGGCCUCCCUGAAGACGACGUCCUCACCCUCGACAGGCACUUCUGGGGCUCCUCCCGCACUCGCUCCUCAAACUCCCUCGUCACCGACAGCGCCGCCGGCGCCACCGCCUUCUCCUGCGGGAAAAAGAGCUACAACGGCGCAAUCUCCGUCCUCCCCGACUACGAGCCCUGCGGCACCGUCCUCGAGGCCGCCAAGCGCGCCGGCUUCAUGACCGGCCUCGUCGUCACCACCGACAUCACGGACGCCACACCCGCCUGCUUCGCCAGCCACGUCCUCACCCGUGCCAUGAACGACGACAUCGCCCUCCAGGAGGUCGGCGACGGUCCCCUCGGCCGCGUCGUCGACAUCAUGCUCGGUGGUGGCCGCUGCCACUUCCUCCCCAACGGCACCGACGGCAGCUGCAGACUCGACAACACCGACGUCGUCAAGAAGGCCCAGGACGAGUUCGGCUGGACCUACGCUGGCGACCGCGCGGGCUUUGACGCCCUCGAGGGCGGCGAAAAGGUCUCGUUCCCCCAGCUCGGUCUUUUCGCCCACUACGAUAUCCCCUUUGAGAUCGACCGCCGCAACAUGAGCGACGUCUACCCGAGCCUGAGCGAGAUGGCCGCUACGGCACUGCGCGCCCUCGAAAAGGCCACGGAGAACAGCGACAAGGGCUUCUUCCUCAUGAUCGAGGGCAGCAGGAUCGACCACGCCGGCCACAUCAACGACCCUGCCGCCCAGGUCCGGGAGGUCCUCGAGUACGACAAGGCUUUCAAACUCGUCUCCGACUUUGUCAAGGACAGCAAGACCGAGUCCCUCUUGGUGGCCACCAGCGAUCACGAGACCGGUGGCCUCGCUACUGCUUUGCAGGAGCCCGGACACCUCCCCGUCUACAACUGGUACCCCAAGGCCCUCGCAAAGGCCUCGGCCUCCGCCGAGCUUCUCUCCAAAAAGUUCCUGCAAAAAGUCGCCUCCACUAGCGGCAAGACCCUGAAUAAGGAGGAGCUCAAGCAAUGGGUCAACAAGGAGCUCGUCGUCCCCGGCCUCGGCAUCGACAACGCCCACCCGGAGGAGCUCCAGGCCCUCGUCGACCACCCCGAGGUCUCGGUCCUGACCUUCGCCGCCAUGAUCAGCCUUCGCGCCCACGUCGGCUGGAGCACCCAUGGCCACACGGCGCUUGACGUCAACGUCUACAGCACCGGCGGAGACGAGGCCCAGAAGAUCCGCGGCAACGUUGAGAACACGGACGUGGGCAAGUUCCUCCGCGGGUACCUCAAGGUCGACGUCGACGCCAUCACCGAGGAGUUGAAGGAGAAGAUGAACAAGAAGCAGCUCGGCGCCACGAACCUCCAGCAGCAGCAGAUGGCGGCCCUGGCUGAGGACCCCAGCACCUGGAGCCAACCCCAGGGCUUGGAGUACGCCCACCUGGUAAAGGCAGGAGCUGCAUAA